AACGCUCCUCGCGCAUGUACCCUGAAGGCCCGGCAAUGGCAGCGCCCGAAGAGCCCCUUAGGAGGCGGAAGGUUGCAGGCGCUGGCCAGGAGCCUGGGUCUCCGCUGGGGCAAGGGCGCAGCCCCACGGCCUGCAAGGCCCGCCUCCGCGCGGGCACCUUCUGGUUGACCAGGAUCGUGCUCCUGAGGGCCCUCGCUUUCGUUUACUUCGUGGCAUUCCUGGUGGCUUUUCAUCAGAACAAGCAGCUGAUUGGAGACCGAGGACUACUGCCCUGCAAAGUGUAUCUGAAGAGUGUGCAGCGGCACUUCCAGGGCCGGGUCGGCUGGGACACCGUGAGCUCCACCCCAACCCUCCUCUGGCUGCUGGACUGGUCCCACAUGGACUCCAACCUGGAUGCCCUCGCGCUGCUCGGGUUGGGCAUCUCAGCUUUCAUCCUGGUCACAGGCUGUGCCAAUAUGAUCCUCAUGGCUGCGCUCUGGGUCCUCUACAUGUCCCUAGUCAAUGUGGGACAGAUCUGGUAUUCAUUUGGAUGGGAGUCUCAGCUUCUGGAAACAGGGUUCCUAGGGAUUUUCCUGUGCCCUCUCUGGACUCUGUCUCGACUGCCCAGGAAGACCCCCACCUCCCGGGUGGUUCUGUGGGGCUUUCGGUGGCUGAUUUUCAGAAUCAUGCUCGGAGCGGGUCUGAUCAAGGUCCGGGGAGACCAGUGCUGGAGAGACCUCACCUGCAUGGACUUCCACUACGAGACGCAGCCAGUGCCCAACCCCAUGGCCUACUUCCUGCACCGGUCCCCGUGGUGGGUCCAUCGCUUCGAGACGCUGAGCAACCACUUCCUGGAGCUCGUGGUGCCCUUCUUCAUCUUCCUGGGACGGCGGAUGUGCAUCCUUCAUGGCGCCUUGCAGAUCCUGUUCCAGGUGGUCCUCAUUGUUAGUGGGAACCUGAGCUUCCUGAACUGGCUGACCAUCAUUCCCAGUGUCGCCUGCUUCGACGACGCCGCCCUAGGGUUCUUAUUUCCCUCUGGGCCUGGCGGCCUCCAGGACCAAGUCCUAAAGAUGCAGAAGGAGGAAGCCCGAGAGGCCCGGCCUACGCCGACAAUCGGCCGUAUGGUGCGACAGGCAGCCAACCUGGCACUGGGCAUCCUGGUCGCCUGGCUCAGCAUCCCUGUGGUCCUCAACUUGCUGAGCCCCAAGCAGGUCAUGAACAGCUCCUUCAACCCCCUCAGAAUCGUCAACACAUAUGGAGCCUUCGGAAGCAUCACCAGGGAGCGGACAGAGGUCAUCUUGCAGGGCACGGCCAGCCCCAACGCCAGCGCACCGGACACCGUGUGGGAGGACUACGAGUUCAAGUGCAAGCCAGGCGACCUGAGGAGACGGCCAUGCCUCAUCUCCCCCUACCACCACCGCCUCGACUGGCUCAUGUGGUUCGCAGCCUUCCAGACCUACGAGCACCACGAGUGGGUCAUCCACCUGGCAGGCAAGCUCCUGGCCAACGAUGCCGAGGCUCUGUCCCUGCUGGCCCUUAAUCCCUUUGCAGACAGGGCCCCUCCCAGGUGGGUCAGGGGAGAGCACUACAGGUACAAGUUCAGCCGCCCUGGGGGCCUGCACGCUGCAGAUGGCAAGUGGUGGAUCCGGAAGAGGAUCGGCCCCUACUUCCCUCCGCUCAGCCUCCGGGACCUGAAGGACUACUUUAAAUCACGGGAGUGGCCGUUCCCAGAACUGGAAUAGAGGGGCCCAGGCCCUGUGUCCUGAGCAAUAAAGUGGGAAGACGUUGGCA